UGUAACUGUAAACUGUAAACUGUAACUGUAAACUGUAACUGCAAAUUGUAACUGUAAUUGGAAACUGUAACAGUAAACGGUAACGGUAUACUGUAACUGUAAACUGUGACUGCAAACGGUAACUGUAAAGUGUAACUGUAAACUAUAACUUCAAUUUAUAACAACACAAACUGUAACUGCAAACUGUAAUUGCAAACUGUAACUGUAAACUGUAACUGUAAACUGUAACUGUAAACUGUAACUGUAAACUGUAACUGUAAACUGUAACUGCAAACUGUAACUGUAAAUUGUAACUCAAAACUGUAACUUAAACUGUAAUUGUAAACUUUAACUGUCGACGGCAACUGCAAAUUGUAACAGUAAGCUGUAAACUGUAAUUGUAACUGUAACUGCAUACUGUAAAUGUAAAUUGUAACUGCAAUAUUUCAAAUAAUUACUGUUUAAUAGAGAUGGGAAUACCGGUUCCACAAAAAUCGCCCGCUCCAAGCGACCGCUCCACAAAAAUACCGCGACAAAAUAACGUUAUUCUGUGGAGCGUUAUUUUUAUAACUAUACCAUCUCCGAGUUCGACAGCAUGUCGCGAAUCGCGAUGCGUUGUCGCGACAAUGCGAUCCGCGACGUUAAACGUUGUUCCGUUCCUUGGUAUCUCAACGAUACCGAAUGAUUUGUUUCAUAAUUUUUUAUAUAAAAUAUAUUAAACCAAAGAUCUAAUCUAAAACUGCGUUUAGAUAAGGGCAUGUACAGAUUUUAAAAAAAUCCCUUCUCGAGACGUAAUUAAUGAAUGGUCUCUAAGAGGGUGAGAUUUAUUUGUAUAAUAUAAACCACACUUGAAAAGAUUUUGGGUCUAGGUAUUUUUAAGACGUAAUUUUUAAUUUAGUUGACUUGACUUCGAUCAUCUUACCACUGUGUUUAAGAAACAACUAGUGCCCCAAAUUAUUCACAGUGUUUUACGUUUUUUAUUUUGCAAACCAACUUUAAAAAAAAUCGAAGAAAAUCAAUUUAAGAUGCAAUGUCUCGUAAAGAAUCUGUUAAAUACUCAAUGAUUUGGAACUUUUUUGAAGUAAAACUCAACUCGGAUAAAAUUGCCAUAUGCAAUAUUUGUAAAACGAAUUUGAGUUAUAAGUCAACAUCAAACAACUUAAAAAAACAUAUGGAUAGGAAACAUCCGUUAGUAAAAUUACAUGCGUCUGUAGUGACAAAAUCAUCCAAAACAUCAAGUCAGGAAAGUGAAUCCAUUGACAUUGACCAAAAUACUGACAAUGUUCCACUGCCAAUAGUUGAUUGUCUGCCAUCUAAUUCGGAAAUGACUAAAAGUGCGAGUGAAUCAAAUACUGUAAUGGCCAAAACAAAACAAGCAUCAGUUAAUACAUUUUUAAUAAAAAAAGUUGGAGUAAAUGUACAAAAGAAAAUUGAUGAUAAGCUCAUGCUACUUUUUACCCGUGAUUUUCAGCCAUUUUCGGUGGUAGAAGAUUAUGGAUUUCAAUUGUUUGUACAGGCACUUAAUCCAUCAUACCGAUUACCUACUAGAAAAACAAUAAGGAAUAGUUUACUUCCGGCUAAAUAUGAAGAAGUGUACAAUAAAACGAAAGAAGCAAUGUGUAAUGUAAAUAAAGUUACUCUUACUACUGAUUGUUGGACAUCAUCUACAACAGAUAAUUUUUUGGGAGUCACUGCACAUUUUUUAAACGAUAACUUAGAAAUUAAACAUGCAGUACUAGGAUGCCAAAAUGCCAAAAUUAUUAAAAAUAUUAUUGAAGAAUGGCAUUUAAAUAAUAAAAUUUUAAUUAUUAUUUCAGAUAAUGCUCCAAAUAUUAAGAGAGCAAUAAAAGAAGAACUUCAAUUAAAGCAUUUUGGUUGUCAUGCUCACACCUUGAACCUUAUUGCUCAGAAUUCUUUAAAAUGUGCUUCCAAAGUUUUGGAAAAAAUUAAGGGGAUUGUAGCGUUUUUUAAAAGAAGUUCGUCUGCCACAACAAUAUUUUUUAAACAACAAAAACAACUAAAUAUUGAACCAGCGAAAAAACUCAUUCAAGACGUAAAUACCAGAUGGAAUUCAACAUAUUAUAUGAUAGAAAGAUUUGUAGAACUUGAAAAUCCUAUUCGUACCACUGUAGCUCUUAUAAAACAAGAUCUACCUAUCGUGUCUGGAAACGAGUGGGAAUUCUUACAAGAAUUAGUAGUAAUUCUUAAACCACUAGAGGAUGUUACUAGAACCAUGAGUGGUGAAAAUUAUCUAACUCGAUCAUCUGUGAUAAUUUUUACUAAUGGAUUAUUAGAUGUUUAUCUAGAAUUACGUAGUAGAAAUUAUUGUAGUAUGUCAAAAUCUGUGAUAGUCUCUAUUUUGGACGGGAUAAAAUCUAGAUUAGGUGACGUAGAAAAUCAGAAAUCGUUGUUAAUAACUACAUUUUUGGAUCCAAGGUUUAAAAAUAUAGCAUUUUCGUCAGAUAAUGUUGGAGAGAGAGCAAAAAAUGCUGUUAUGUCACUAAUAACAGACAAUAUUAAGGAAACAGUUACUGUUUUAGAAGAAAAAAGUAGAAUAGCUUUGCAAACUAACACAGACAGACUCCAAACUGAAACAUCAAUUUGGAGUCUGUCUUCCGUCCCUUAUACAAUGUGUCGUAAAGAAUUCGUUAAAUACUCAAAAAUUUGGAGCUUUAAACUGUAA